AAAGUAAGAUAUAUAUGUAAAUAUGAAUAAAUUAUGCAUAAUCACAAAAUACAAAAUUGUUUUUGCAGAAAUACAAAAGAAAUGCCACGUAAAUGUGCAUGUGCAAUCUAACAGAAUGAAGCUGAAUAAUGUCAAGAAAGUGUCCUUCAGAAUAAAAUAUUAAUAGGUUAAGUAACUGGUAAAAUUCAUCCUCAUUUAGCUUUCCACACCAUUUUUUUAUGUUGCUACUUUAACAUUAUGCCAAAACUGUAAUUUGUGCUCAACCUGGAGAGAAUGAUCCAUUAACUUCCAUUUUUGACUUGGCUUUUAUUUUAAAGCAUAGUCUGGAAGUAGUAUUUGUUGUUGUCGUUAGCUUAAUGCUGGUGGUCCAGCUCUUGUGGAGGUAGACCCACAGACUGUGCAGACCCAGUGAGGGGGCAGACACAUCAGCAGGACCAGCAAGCAGCAGUGGAUCUGUGCCCAACCCUCCAUAAUGCAUGGGGGCAAGAGAGGGCUGGUGGCACCACAGAACACUUUUUUGGAAAAUAUUGUGCGGCGCUCAUGCGAAACCAGUUUCCUCUUGGGAAAUGCGCAGAUAGUGGAAUGGCCCAUUGUGUACAGCAACGAUGGAUUCUGCAAGCUGUCUGGUUACCACAGAGCUGAAGUCAUGCACAGAAGCAGCACAUGCAAGUUCAUGUAUGGAGAUCUGACUGAUAAGAAGACAAUAGAUAAAAUCAGACAAACAUUUGACACCUAUGAGUCCAAUUUCUUUGAGGUGCUGCUCUAUUCAAAAGAUAGAACACCCAUUUGGCUCUACAUGCAGGUGGCUCCAAUCAGAAAUGAAAAUGACAAGGUGGUCUUAUUCCUGUGUACCUUCAGAGACAUCACGCUUUUCAAGCAGCCGAUUGAAGACGAAUCAAAUAGAGGAUGGACCAAGUUUGCCAGGUUGACACGGGCACUAACCAACAACCGCAACCUGGUGCAGCAGUUAGCACCACUCAGUAAGACUGAGGUCAGUCACAAGCCCUCCAGACUGGCUGAGGCUCUCCAGCUGGGUUCAGAUAUUCUGCCUCAGUACAAACAAGAAGCCCCCAAAACUCCUCCACACAUCAUCCUCCACUACUGCACCUUCAAGACCACCUGGGACUGGGUCAUCCUUAUUCUCACCUUCUACACCGCCAUCAUGGUACCCUACAAUGUCUCCUUUAAGACCAAGCAAAACAACUUGACUUGGCUGGUGGUGGACAGCGUCGUUGACGUCAUCUUCCUGAUCGAUAUUGUCCUCAACUUCCACACAACCUUUGUGGGUCCUGCUGGAGAGGUCAUUUCAGAUGCCAAACUCAUUCGAAUGAAUUACCUGAAAACAUGGUUCGUCAUUGACUUGCUCUCCUGUCUGCCCUACGACAUCAUCAAUGCCUUUGAACAUGUGCAUGAUGAUAAUUUUUUAUCUGCCUCUUCAGCAAGUCAUCUCCGAGAGUCUUCACAUUUUCACAGGAAUACAACCCGGUCGGAAGAUUCUGUACUCCCGGGUCUCAGCAGCCUAUUCAGUUCUCUAAAGGUGAUCCGUCUGCUCCGGUUAGGCCGUGUGGCCAGGAAGCUGGACCACUACCUGGAGUACGGAGCGGCCGUUUUGGUUCUUUUGGUGUGUGUCUUCGGUCUCGUGGCCCACUGGCUGGCCUGUAUCUGGUAUAGCAUUGGCGACUAUGAGGUCAUCGACGAGACCACCAACACCAUUAAGACCAACAGCUGGCUGUACCAGCUGGCCCUGAGUAUCGGAACACCUUAUCGUUACAAUGUGAGUGGAACAGGCCAGUGGGAAGGUGGUCCGAGUAAGGAUACGCUGUACAUUUCAUCGCUCUAUUUCACCAUGACAAGUCUCACCACCAUUGGUUUUGGAAACAUUGCACCAGCUACAGAUGGGGAGAAGAUUUUUUCCGUGGCUAUGAUGAUGGUGGGCUCACUACUCUAUGCAACCAUCUUUGGAAAUGUCACCACCAUCUUCCAGCAGAUGUACACCAACACGAACCGCUACCAUGAGAUGCUCAACAAUGUGCGGGACUUCCUCAAGCUUUAUCAGGUGCCGAAGGGUCUGAGUGAGAGGGUCAUGGACUUCAUAGUCUCCACCUGGGCCAUGUCUAAAGGCAUCGACACAGACAAGGUUCUUUCCAUUUGUCCCAAAGACAUGAGGGCAGACAUCUGCGUGCACCUCAACAGACAAGUUUUUAAUGAACACCCUGCAUUUCGGCUGGCCAGUGAUGGAUGCCUUCGCUCUCUCGCUGUGGAGUUUCAGACCACACACUGUGCACCCGGAGACCUCAUCUUCCAUAUCGGCGAGAGCAUCGACACACUUUGUUUUGUCGUCUCUGGAUCACUUGAAGUCAUCCAGGAUGAUGAGGUCAUCGCCAUACUUGGAAAAGGUGACGUGUUCGGAGACGUGUUCUGGAAAGAGACAACACUGGCACGAGCUUGUGCAAAUGUUCGAGCUCUGACUUACUGCGAUCUGCACAUUAUCAGGAAAGACGCACUGCUGAGGGUACUCGAGUUCUACACGGCAUUCGCCAACUCGUUCUCACGCAACCUUAUUCUUACGUGCAAUCUACGAAAACGGGUCAUCUUCAGAAAGAUAGCUGAUGUGAAGAGGGAACAGGAACGCCAGAGGAAUGAAGUAACGAUCUCCAUUCCUGAAGACCAUCCUGUUCGCAAGUUGUUCCAGAGGUUCAGGCAGCAGAGGGACGCACAGACCCCAGGAGAGGCUCAAGCUUACGUCGACCACAACUGUGUGCAGGUGGAACUACAGCACCACGGUCAAAGCGAGUCCAAGCCUUACGCUCCGUAUCAGGCCAUUUCUUCUCAGCAGCAGGAUUACAAGUCCGACGUGCACAAAAAAGGGUCGUGCUCAGGUGGGGAGCGUUCAGGCAGUAGGUGCGGCACGGUUCCCCCUGUACAGGACUCUCAAGGCCAAAACUACCUGCAGGAGUCUGCAGAAAUAACAUCUGGGUCUUGUGCAGGAGAUCAGCUGUGCAGAAGUCCAGGUGGAGCGGGAGUUGGAGGUGGCGAUACCAGCUGCCGAGGUGCUCGAGGUUGGGCAAAGUUUAGGAACACCACCACUGCACCAGCGGCAGUUGAGGAACUACAGCAGCCACAAAAACAAGCGUUGGACUGGCCCAAAGGGUCCAAGUCCACUGAGCAGUUGGCCAACGCUAGCAAGAACUUGGAUGUUGAAAGCAGAGACGCAGCUGGGGAAGCAGGCGAGGAAAUCAGCGAUAUACACAAAAUAGACUCCUUCGACAGCGGCAUCACCAAGAGCGAUCUGCGUAUCGACAGAGCUGGUGAUUCGCAAAACUCUUUUGAGCGAAGCCCGAUGGAAAAUUAUCCCGUAGAGAAGAAUUCCUUCGAGCACAGCCUGGCAGUUGACACGGCAACGUCUCUCAAACAGUCUAUGGUACAGCCGACAUCCGAGCAGGCUCUCCUUCAAGCUUCUCUUCACGAAGCCAAACUGGAGCUAAAGAGGGACAUUCAGACUCUGGGAGGACAGCUGUCUGUGCUUGAGUCUCAGGUUAGCGAAAUCCUGAGGGUGCUGUUGAUAAAAAGAAGACUGUCACUGCCGCCAGCAUCACUCUCAAAGACAAAAGUCAAAAGCCAAGUCUUGUUUACAGACCCAAGGCCAGAUGUACCGAAACCAGAUCACGAUCAGUGAUAACAAACUACUUGAUUAUUGAUGUUUGCACAACUUACUGGUGUUAAAUACUUGACUGCAUGUAUUUCAUGUGGUUUCAGGUUACCAAAAAAACAAAACAAAACAGGGAUGGUCUUGUAUUCGUGCUGCACUUUCAUGGCUGUGUGUCAGGUGAUGUUUUGUUAGCCAAGUUACGCCAAAACAAAUGAAGUGAAAAGCUGGUCUGAAAGACGGGUAACCACCUAUGCAGUUAGUAAUUGUAAAUAAUUAAUGACAAUGUGCCUUAUAUUGUUAAAAUACAGUUCAUACAGUUUUUGGGUGAGACGUGCUACUGUAGAUAUUCUAUACUGUAACAUACGAGUGCUUGUUAAAGUUGAUGUUUCACUCCUCUUUGUAAGCAACACUCCUCAUACAGUAAUAAUUGGUGUUGACACGUGUUGUUGUUCUCAGCUAUAUUUGGCUUGUUUUUUGUGAAAUCGCAUAUAACUAUUGGGAGUUUUGUUUUAAAAAUGUACAGUACUUGCGUAUUAGGGCCUCAUACUUCUAUCCAAAUGGUAAAAAUCCAUUUAGGUUUUCAAAUAGGGCCUCGAAUUAAAGCACAAAGUCAA